AUGCCUUUCACUGGGAGUGACAUUUGCAAGAUCAUUUUCGCGAUCAUCCUUCCUCCCGUCGGCGUUUUCAUGGAGAAAGGAUGUGACAGUGACUUUUGGAUGAAUUUGUUUCUGACAUGUUUAUUCUUCGUUCCUGGCCUGAUUCAUGCCUUGUAUAUCAUUUUGAAAUAUUAG